GAAACGCUCCUCUUAUCACAGAAGCGCACAACUGGAGAACUCCAUUCACUCACAGCCUAGAACCAUGGGCCCUGUCUGCUUUUCCUGGGACGUCUGUUUGCUUUUCCUCCUCAUAAAUACUUUAGAUGUCAUGGGAAAUGUUGGAGUCGCAGAUGCAGACGAAUGCUCUGAAGCCACUGACGACUGUCACAUCGACGCUCUGUGCCAAAAUACUCCAAAAUCCUUCAAGUGCAUCUGCAAGACUGGUUACAAAGGAGAUGGCAAGCACUGUGAAGACAUGGACGAGUGUGAUAACGACUACAACGGCGGCUGCGUGCACGACUGCAUCAACAUCCCCGGGAACUACAGGUGCACGUGCUACGACGGCUUCAUGCUCGCAGACGACGGGCACAACUGUCUCGAUGUGGAGGAGUGUCUGGACAACAACGGCGGCUGUCAGCAGGUUUGCGUGAACACGAUGGGCAGUUACGAGUGCCAGUGCAAACAGGGCUUCUUCCUGAGUGACAACCAGCACACCUGCAUCCACCGUUCUGAUGAUGGGAUGAACUGUAUGAACAAGGACCACGGAUGCGCUCAUAUCUGCAGAGAGACCCCCAAAGGCGGCGUGGCGUGUGAGUGCCGCCCGGGAUUUGAGCUGGCGGAAAAUCAGCGCGACUGCAAAUUGACAUGUAACUAUGGAAACGGUGGUUGCCAACAUACGUGCGAUGACACAGACACGGGACCCGUGUGUGGAUGUCAUCAAAAAUAUGCCCUGCACUCGGACAGCAAGACCUGCAUUGAGAAAGAUGAGGCUGCAAUUGAGAGCUCUGAAUUCAAUUCCACGUCAGUAGCUGAUGUAGACAAGCGGGUGAAACGUCGUCUACUUAUGGAGACCUGUGCGGUAAAUAACGGCGGUUGCGAUCGCACAUGCAAAGACACCGCCACCGGGGUGCGCUGCAGCUGUCCAGUGGGUUUCACCCUUCAACCCGACGGCAAAACUUGUAAAGACAUCGAUGAGUGUUUGGAGAAUAACGGAGGCUGCGAUCAUUUCUGCCGGAACACGGUGGGGAGUUUCGAGUGUAGCUGUCAGAAAGGACACAAACUCCUGACCAAUGAGCGCACCUGUCAAGACAUCGACGAGUGUUCCUUCGAGAGGACGUGCGAUCACAUCUGCAUCAACUACCCGGGAAGCUUCGAGUGUGUUUGUCACAAAGGUUACAGUCUCUACGGCCUCACACACUGCGGAGAUAUUGACGAGUGCAGCAUUAAUAACGGCAGCUGUGAACACGGGUGUGUGAACACACAGGGCAGCUACGACUGCGUUUGUCCUCCUGGUAAAAAGCUCCACUGGAACAAGAAAGACUGUGUUGAGGCGGUCAAAUGCCUCUCGAAUGGGAAGUCGGCACCUCGUGCUCAGCUCAGCUGCACCAAGACAGGUGGGGGGGAGGUGUGCGCCCUGUCCUGCCCGUCAAACGCUCUCUUCCUGGCAGACUCUGAGAACAGCUACACAUUGAGCUGUGGGGUACCUGUCCAGCCAGGUAAAGUCCCGAAGAAGAACAUCACCACAACCAGCAGUAGCUCCCUUCAGACCUGCACAGAGAUGCUGGCCCAGCCUGUAAAGCAGAAAACUCGCUUUAAGAUCAAAGACGCCAAGUGCCACCUGAGACCCCGCAACAAGGAGAAACCCAGAGACAUGGGAAAGCAGAGCCUUCAGGCUGGUCAGUUCCCCUGCACGGAUGACUGUCAGGUGACAUUUGUGAAUCUGAAGUGCGACUCUUCCAAAAAGCGCCGCCGUGGCCGCAAGUCUCCGUCCAAAGAAGUCUCCCACAUCACCGCAGAGUUCGAGAUGGAAAUGAAAGAAGAAGAAGCCUCGGAAUCGUGCAAUGUGGACUGUGUGCGUGAGAAGACCAAACAGAGGCUGCAGAGCGCCAUGCGCACGCUGCGCAAGUCCAUCAGCCGGCAACAGUUUUACAUUCAGUUCUCGGGCACGGCGUACGAGGUGGCGCAGCACGCCGUGCGGCAGAUGGAGGAAAACGAGGCUUGCAGUAUAGGACAGGUCCUCACAGAUGGGAAAUGUGUCAGCUGCGGUGUGGGCACGUUUUACAGCGGAGAACAGGAACAGUGCAUCAUAUGUCCUCCAGGAACCUAUCAGGACAGAGAAGGUCAGCUGUCCUGCGAGCCCUGUCCCAGCACGGAGGGCCAGGGGAUGGAAGGGGCCAAGAACGUCUCAGAGUGUGGAGGUCAGUGUCCCGCUGGUCAGUUCUCUACCGAUGGGUUCCAGCCGUGCCAGCCGUGUCCGCUGGGCACCUUCCAGCCUGAGCCGGGCCGUGUGCGGUGCUUCCCCUGUGGAGGAGGACUCAUGACCAAACAUAUGAGCAGCACGUCUUUUAGAGACUGUGAAGCCAAAGUUCAUUGCGCUCCUGGACAUCAUUAUAACGCCACCACGCACCGUUGUAUUCGUUGUCCGGCUGGGACGUACCAGUCGGAGUUCGGACAGAACUACUGCAUCACCUGCCCUGGAAACACCACCACGGAUUUCGACGGAGCCACCAACGUCUCCCAUUGCAAAAACCAGCUGUGUGGAGGCGAGCUUGGAGAUUUUAUGGGUUACAUCGAAUCUCCCAACUAUCCUGGGGACUAUCCAUCGAACGUGAACUGUGUCUGGAACAUCAACCCUCCGAACAAGAGGCGCAUUCUCAUCGUGGUGCCCGAGAUCUUUCUUCCUAUCGAGGAUGAGUGUGGAGACGUCCUCGUCAUGAGGAAGAGCUCCCAGCCCACUUCUAUUACAACGUAUGAGACGUGCCAGACGUAUGAGCGACCAAUCGCCUUCACUUCCCGUUCCCGGAAGCUGUGGAUACAGUUCAAGUCUAACGAGGGUAAUAGCGGAAAGGGAUUUCAGGUUCCAUACGUCACUUAUGAUGAGGACUACCAACAACUCAUAGAGGACAUUGUUCGAGAUGGACGACUUUACGCCUCGGAAAACCACCAGGAGAUAUUAAAAGAUAAGAAACUGAUUAAAGCUCUGUUUGAUGUACUGGCUUACCCUCAUAACUACUUUAAAUACACUGUGCAGGAGUCAAAGGAGAUGUUCCCACGGUCCUUUAUCAAACUGCUACGCUCCAAAGUCUCCAGGUUUCUACGGCCGUACAAAUAGAACGUCCCUGACCCCGACUUCAUGUGCAUCUCUUGUUCCGCUGUUUCUCUCUUUUCUCCACUAUCUUCCAGAAGGCCUCGCUGCGACAGCAAGAGGUAACCCUUCAGCCAUUUUUUCCCUCUCAAAUUUUCUAUGCGCUUUUCUAUCUGUCCCAGUUUCGUUUUGUAGUAUUUAUGUGCUUGAUUUUGCAAAAAAGCCCUUUUUGAAUGUUUGAUAUCUACAGUAUAUAUUUGUUAAUGUAUCUAUGUAUAUAUAUGUGUGUGUUUGUGUGCGUACACAAUUUUGGGCAGGCUUAUGGCAUAUUAGGACACACACACAUACACGUAUAUAUAUUGUUGUUGAAAAGAGGAUUUUCCUGCCCCUGAUGUGCAUUGGGGUUUUAAAAUCCUGGGUGCACUUAACAUUUCCUUUUUGAACCGUUGGAGAAAGGAGUCAAAAUGAAUGACAGAGCCAGAGAGAAAAGUUACAAGACAAAGAGUACGAGAGUUAGUUGCGUGUAAGUUGUUUAACUAGUAUUUGGAGCUUCAAUUGCACUUGAAUUUUAUAUUGUAAACUUUAGAGGAAAUCUAAGUUGCUUUUGUUAUAUAGAGAUGUUGUAGAAAGUUGAAAACUGCUCCCACACAGUGUUGUUAUUAAAACGUAAUAAGCCAAAUAAAACUGAACAUAAUAUUCACACCCCCUCCUUCAGAACAGAAACAAAUUCACCUCACAUCUCAUUAUAUUGAUUUGACCGCCCCCUUAAUCACGUCUACGGUCAGUUUGCAAUGAAUAAUACAUUGAUUUCUGUUUCGGUAUAAUGAACGGCACGUUUUAAGAGUUUGUAAAUGUGAUGAUUUUGGCAAGUCUGACCUUCUUGCCUUGGACUGAUUGUGAAGUCAUUAAUGGGCAGCAAUGAGAAAAUAUGAUUUAAAACAUAUCUGUUAUAAUAAUGGCCCUUCAUGUUUGUGCUGUGCACAAAGACACUUGUGCUCUUAUUGUUGGACUGUAGAUGAAGAGUAGACUAUUGACAAGAACACAAAACAAGAGCAUGUGAAUGCUGAUUGGCUUAAAAACGCCAAAAUAAUUUCACCUCCAGCCUGUUAUUAGUAGGGUUGUGUGUGCGGUUCUGAGAGCAGUGAUAUUAGAUGAUAUAACUGGACAAUAUACCAAGUGUAAUGCCAGCCCAUAAUCUAGCAUAGUUUAGUUCUAUGUGCGUGUUAGAUUUAUUUGUGCCUGUUUGUAAUACGUUGAGAUGUAACGAUAAAGGACAGCUUUAGGAAAUGCUUGUUGCACUCUGUACACACACAUAAACACAGAGAGAGAGAGAGAAAUGUGCCAUAAAAUUAAAGUGAUGCAGAUAACACUAACUGACAUUGACAGUAUUUUGCAUUUAAAUAUAUACAGUAUAGUACAGUAUAGUAGUUGGGAUGGGCCAGGGGGGUUAAAGUUAUCAUUCUAAAGCUGCUUUGUUAUAUGAGCACUUAUUAAUGCUUGUAUUUCUACCGUUUUUUAGUAUCCACAGACAGACAUUCAUUUAACAGUACAAGAAAUGAAGCACGCACUCAUCCACACACAGGCUCAGUGUUAUUUUCAGGGGCGUUUUUAGAGGUGGCCAGGUAAGACCCAGUGGUUUUAUUAGGGCGACCAAAGAAUCCUUACAGGCAGAAAUUAUUUAACUGUAAUUUACACCAAUUCUUCAUUACACAUAGUUUGCUGGUCAAAACCGUACACAAAGAACGUUAAGUAAACAAUUUAUUUGCAAUGCUUUCAUGUGCUGACAUUAUUUUAAAAUAAUUUGCUAGCUAUCAUUUGCAGUAAGUUAGCAUUUUUUUUUAGAAAAUAAACACUGCAGUACCCCAACUUAAACUUUCGCGAAAAUGUAAUUAAUGAAUGAAAUCCAGUUAAACAAGACUGAUUUUACUGACCCGAUCCCUCUGCUCGCGAUGAACUUCCAUGGUACACAGACCGUACACUGUCACGAAGCGGUUAGCAGCUGUACAGCCAUAGCGAUCAGACUGUUUGCGUCAGUGCGUCAGCGUAUGACAUCAUAUUAACGCGAGAGUAAUGUUCUCGCGUUACUUUCAGUGCAUACGAUCUGCGCAGCACUCCGUAAACUCCGACGACACAUAUCUUAAAACUGCUUCGCACAACAGAGGUGGCCAGAUAGGUGUAGCUACGCCCCUGGUUAUUAUACCACACAUUUUUUACUAAAACAUUGUCAUGGGACUGUUGUUAUUAGAAGAAUGUAUGGCCUGUUGAAUUGACAUGCACACAUCAGUCUCUUCUUCAUACACACACACACUUUGGCUUCCCCUCUGAUGGAUGGAGUGACAAAGACUGCUGCUGGUGUGGACUUGUAAGCUUUAUGAAUACCGAUGUAAAUGAUGUACAAAUGUUCGUUUUUUUGUUCGUUUUUUAUUUUUUUAUAUCAUUAAGUUAAUAUUUACAGUAGUGGCAGUGUUCAGCAGGGCUCUGUUUGCUUACAGUCAUGGUGAAGACCUUAUAAUAAAAGAAAGUACAAUUCAGCAGCGCAAGAUGAACCCCAAGUGUGUAGAGGGGAAAGGGAACUAUUGUUAAGAUCUCACUUUAUUAAUAAAUCAUCAAAUCUCAAGCUGGGCUCAGUGUGGUUUAAUAUUUACUUUUACAUUUAUCAGUACCAUUAUUAAAAUAAAGA